AUGGUGGAAUGUCACAGAUUUGUGCCUGCUGCUGGACAAAAGGGAAAGAAAAUCAAAGAAGUCAAGUGCCAUUGUGGAGAGGUGCUAAAUGAACAUGCCUGGGUGGCAAGCAAAAAACUGGCCAAGACUAGUGAAAAAGUCCUUGACAUUGCAGAGAGACCUAUAGUACCAGCUGAGCAGAAGCUUAUUUUCCAAGACAUAAAUCUUGACGAUCCAAGUCCGGACAACAUUCCCCAACUUGAGUGGAGCAGGGAUGAGGCUUUCAGCAAGAAGGUUACCAAUGCCUUCGGGGAAAUUGACUUUGUCAAUGUUGAGCACGUGGGCGGGAAAAAGCCUGCAAAGUACAUUCGACUCAGCGUUGACAACUCAGUGGACGACUUAUUUGAGAUGAUGAAGACUCACUGGAACAUCAUGGAGCCCCAGGCCCCUAAUCUUGUCAUCUCAGUGGUGGGUGGGGCAAAGAACUUCAAACUGGACGGUAGAAACAGAACCACCUUCGCUAACGGCCUUAUUAAGACUGUGCAGGCGACAUCGGCUUGGCUCAUUACUUCGGGAUUUAACAUGGGCGUGAUGAAGGCAGUGGGUCAGGCAGUGGCGCAGGGACAGUCGUUCGUCUGGACCGAGGAUCGCAUGACACCCCGGCUACGGUGCAUAGGGAUCGCACCCUGGGGAUAUGUGCGCGACAGGAAGUGCCUGGAGGAGACUGAGGAAGGCAAGGGUUGUUUUUACGCCAAAUAUCGCACCAGCAACGUGAUAUUACACGGUGAGCCGGUUCCCUUAAAUGCAGACCACACGCAUUUCCUUUUUGUGGACGAUGGUUACCGGAACCGGUAUGGCGGCGUGGCUAAAAUGAGAUCAAAGAUCGAGCAGAAGAUCUCAGAACCUCACGAGACGGAUGGUCUGGGUAUUCCCGUAGUGCUGGUGGUGGUGGAGGGAGGUACUGAUGCCAUCGACGACGCCAUGUCCUCCAUUUUGCAUCAGAUUCCUGUGGUCGUCUGCUCGGGCACAGGCCGGGCGGCUGAUAUACUAUCCUACGCUUACUCGCACACAAAGAAAAUAUACAGAGAAUUAACCGGUCCCAUGGUCGGAGAGAUCUCUGACAAGCACCUGAAAAAGCUGAGGGAGAAGAUUGUCACGGCAUUUGCCAAGUCGUGGGAGGAGGCUGAAGUGCAGGAGAGAACAGACAGCACACUGGAGUCAGUGCAGAAAUGCUGUCAAAACCCGGACCUGCUGACGGUGUUCAACAUGAAUAAACACGACGAGCUAGACCUUGCCAUACUAUCUGUGCUGCUGAAGUCACAUUCAGGGGCAGAUAAAUGCCAACGAGAUCAGCAGCUCAAACUUGCACUCAUGUGGAAUCGCGUGGACAUUGCACGUGAAGAGAUCUUCCGAGAAGACGUUUUAUGGGAACAAGGGAGCCUUGACGAGAUGCUGACAGAGGCAAUCGUGUCUGACAAGGUGGCCUUUAUGAGGCUCAUCCUCGAGCAAGGGGUCAUUAUUACGGAGUUUUUGACCGACGUUAGGCUCCAGACGCUAUACAGCAAGGUAGAGAAAACCCACCCAAUCUACAAGCUUCUCCUCAAGCUGACGGGACAGACUAAGCUCAGUCUUGAAAAUGUGGCACGUUUUUUGGCUAUAUUGCUUGACAGACAAGAGUUAGCCAAGUUCUGUUGGGAGAUGGGAGAUGAGCCUGUGAUAAGUGCCAUUGUAGUGACACGCCUAUACAGCGCACUGGCACGUAAAAUGACACGCGAUGAGUCCAGCGUCCGUGAAACCGUGGAGGCAUACAAAGUGGAGUUUGAAACCCUUGCGACCAGUGUUUUAAACGAAUGCUACGAACGUGAUCAAGAACAUGCAAUACUGAUUGUUGAACGCAAAUCACCUGUCUGGAAUGGGUUGUCUGCUCUGCAGAUUGCAUCUGUGUCAGACGAUCAGAUGUUCAUUGCCUCUGGAGCGUGCCAAAGUUCCAUCGAGUCCACCUGGAAACAAGGCAUCUUGAGCAGCUGGGAAAAGGUAUUCAUGGCGAUGAUCUGCCCCAUACUUAUAGUGUGUAAAAUGGAGUUCGUGAAUGUUGGACAGAAACCACUCACCUGGUAUCAGCGUCUUGCAACCUUCUACUCCUCCCCGAUAUCAAAAUUUUAUCACGGAAUGUUAAUGUACUUGGUUUUCCUGGGCAUUUUCUCGUACCUGGUGCUGUUGGAUUUCGACCCUGACAGAGUAACGGUCCUCGAGUACGUGUGCAUUGUCUGGGUGUUCACUAUGACUGUGGACCAGAUACAUGUGUUUAUAUCGUUCCCGUCGCCAACUUUUCUCUCCUUGAUCCGUGACUGGUAUGGGUUCGUGGGCUGCAUGGAGGCUGUCAACCUGCUGUUGUGUAUCCUGGGGUUCGUGCUCCAUCACCUCGGUUACCCAUCAGUCACCAAGGUAUUGUACUGCCUCAACUCUGUGGUGUUCAUUGCGAAAAUCAACAAGUUCUACAGGACCAGUUGCAACGUGGGUCCCAAGAUGGUCAUGGUUCGCAGGAUGUUUAGAGAGAUGGGUCUGUUCCUGGUGGUCAUGAUUGUGAUCCUGUUGGCGUACGGCAUAGCAGCCCAGGGUCUCCUGUACACGGAGCGCUCCCCCAGCUGGGCCAUAAUCAAGGACGUCUUCUAUUUCCCGUACUGGAUGAUCUAUGGGGAAAUCUUUUUCAAGUCCAUUGGGGAAUGUGACGGAGACAAAGCUUGCAACUCUACGUGUUUGGCGGGGGAGAGGGACUGUCUUACCCCUCAUUGGAUGGUUCCCUUCAUCCUUGCAGCCUACCUCAUGAUUGGCGGCAUCCUUCUUCUGAACCUGCUUAUAGCCAUAUUCAGCAACGUGUUCAACUCAGUGGAAAGGAACUCUUUCCAGAUCUGGAAGUUUGAGAUGUACUACCUGGUGAUGGAAUACUCCAACAAAACGUUCCUCGUGCCUCCGUUGAGCAUCCUCGUACACGUCUACCUGGUGGUGACCUCCAUCGUCAAGAAGUUGGGCUGGAGUAAACCCAGGGAUGGGCAGUGGCUGGACAAGAAGCAUCAAGAGUACCUGCAGAUAUUUGAGAAGACGAUGAUGUCUGAUUUUCUUAGAAGGAAACGAGAGGCUGACCAGAACAGCCUUGAUACAAGGGUGCAGAACCUUGAAAAAAGGGUGGAUCUGCAGAUCAAGCUGAUUGAGGAUGAAGUAUUAGGUGACAAUCACCAGCGAGAGUUCCCAGAGUUCCCCGCUGGCACAAUCAUCACUAUCGUCAUUGGAAGCGACGGGAGUCCGACAAUUGUGAGGGCGCGUCCCCCUUCUGCCUUGUCAAAGGACGAUGGAACAGGUGAUGUUGCCAAGGAGGAUCAAAAUAGAGCAGCAACAGCAAAAUCUGAUGGAAUAAACAAUAUUGAUGAAGAUGAAAAGAAGAUUAAGAAUGACGCUUAUGUUGACAGAGAAAUAACUGAAGCUGAAAAGGAAAUGGUCAAACACAACAUGAGGGCAGAAAAGAAGGAGCGACGAAGAAAAAGAAGAGAACGAAGAGAAAAGAGACUGAAAGUUUAA